AUGGCAUAUUUAAGAGCUAGAUCUCGAAGUGUUGGUAAGCUAGAAGCGGGGUUCUCAGGAGGCAGAGAGAGGAUACUAAAGUUGAAACAACUUCGUCAGAAUGCGCAGACAAACUACCAGACGAUUACUGCUGGAAUGCAACCGGAAGUUAGGAAACCCCUGAGAGUUGCAUUUACUCCUUUAGAUCAGAGUGAGAAACUUCCCAAACCCAAGACUGUUGAUGCUCAACAAAUCCUGGAGGAGGAUGAAGAGGAGGAGGAAGAGGAUGAACCGGAACCAGAUGAUGGUCCAGAUGAACUGGAGGAGGGUGAAACCUGGGAUAGUAAGAUGACGUUCAUCCUGGCAACAAUUGGAUAUGCUGUUGGUUUAGGAAACAUUUGGCGAUUUCCAUAUCUAGCGCAGAAAAACGGCGGAGGUGCGUUCCUGAUCCCCUACUUCAUUGCCCUGAUAACACUAGGACUUCCGAUGUUCAUUCUUGAGCUCGCUAUCGGUCAACGCUUGCGGAAAGGAUCUAUCGGAGUCUGGAAACAGAUAUCUCCCUACUUGGGAGGUCUGGGUUUGGCCAGCGCAGCUGUGGCUUUCAAUGUGGCUCUCUACUACAAUACUAUCAUUGCCUGGUGUCUCAAAUAUCUAGUUCAG